AACAAUGGUCUCCUGGAUUACUCUCGCAGUGGCCGCACUGGUUGUGCUCGUGAAGAUGGACGUAACGAUUGCCUGGGGCUACAACUACUGCACCACGGAGGACUGUCACGCGCCGGGUGAUCACGUCGGCUGUCGGCCUCCGUCGUCCUGGGGCGGAGAGACCUGCAAGCGCAUGACGAAGCCACGCAAGGUGUCCAUCUCCUACGACCUGCAGCAGUUCAUCUUGGACGAGCACAACAAAAACCGUUCCCAGCUGGCGCUGGGCCGGGUGUACCGGUUCAAAAAGGCGCAGAAGAUGCCCACGUUGGUGUGGGACAAGGAGCUGGCGACCUUGGCCGACUACAAUGCGCGCUCCUGCGACUACGGCCACGAUCGGUGCCGCAGCACGCAAGAGUUCCCCUGGGCUGGCCAAAACAUUGCCAUUACGCGAUUCUAUGGCUACAGUUUUAGCGAUCGGGAACUAGUGACGCGUUUCAUUUCCGGCUGGUGGUCCGAAUACCUGGACGCGCGGCCUUACAUGAUCACCAGUUACCCGGAAAAUUACCGAGGCCGACCGAUCGGACACUUUACGCAGAUCGCCAGCGAUCGGACGACCAAGGUCGGGUGCUCCAUGUGGUCCUGGAAGGACGGCCAAAUGGACGUUUACUACUUCGUGUGCAACUACUCGGUGACGAACAUCAUCGCCCGUUCGGUUUACCUGGAAGGCCAAAUGACCGGGUCCCAGUGCCAGAAGGGCUUGAAUCGGAAGUUCCCGGGACUGUGCAACGUUGGCGAGAAGCCCCGUUCUACAUCUGAUCCUUAGGCUGUGGACUGUGAAUGUGACUGGAAUGACGAAAUAAAUUCGUACUAUAAGCGGUAGUAGUAGUAGUAGUAGUAACAGCA